AUGCCUGACUUCUAUGAUAAGGUUGCAGUUCGUGCCUGCGGGGGCUUGUCAUGGUGCUGCCAUGGACUUUCUGCGUAUAUCAUCAUCAGAGUGGCAGCAAUUAUGUUGGCAGCCGCACUAGCGGCUUUCUGUUAUGCAUGGUGGGCUAAGAAAUUCUCCAAGAGCAACCCGCCCCUGCCACCGGGUCCCCCAGGCUUGCCUAUACUAGGAAACCCUCCUUUCAUCCAACCUGAUUUUCAUCAAUACGUUGUCAAACUCUCUCAAAUCUAUGGCCCCAUUAUCAAACUCCAGCUCGGAAGCAAGGUCUGCAUAGUAAUAAGUUCACCUUCAGUUGCCAAAGAGGUACUCAAAGACCAUGUUGCUAUCUUCGCUAACCGUGAAGUGCCAGCAGGAGCCAUAGACAUCGCGUGGAGAUGUAAUGGUCCCGAAUUGCACAAGCUGCGUAAGCUUGUUGUUUGCGAAAUUAUGAUUAACAGAAGUCUUGAAGCUUGCUACACGCUUUGCCGACGAGAGGUUCGACAAAUGGUGAAGGAUAUUUAUGGAAAGGUUGGCUUACCCGUUAACAUCGGUGAGCAAAUGUUCCUUACAAGUCUAAAUGUCAUGAUGAGCAUGCUGUGGGGUGAUAUAUGGAAUGGGGAGGAAAGAAGCAGGCUUGGGACUGAGUUUAGGAGACGAUCGGUGGAAUUUGUAGAAUUGGUAGGAGCACCUAAUGUUUCAGAUGUUUUUCCCGUGCUUACCGCAUUUGAUUUACAAGGUAUUCAAUCCAAGGCGAAGAAGAUUUUGUUGUGGUUUUAUGAGGUUUUUGAAUCAGUGACAGUACACCGUACAAAGGUUGAACAGGCCGAGGGAGAGGGAAAGAAAAAGGACGAAAGCAAGGAUUUUCUGCAGCUGUUGUUGGAGCUGAACCAACGUGGAGGUGGUAAGACCUUACUAUCCAUGAACGAAGUGAAGGCUUUACUGCUGGAUAUGAUUCUCGGUGCUACGGAUACAACAUCUACUACAGUAGAGUGGGCAAUGACAGAAUUACUGCGGCAUCCAGAUAAAAUGAGAAGAGUCCUCGAGGAAUUGGAGACAGUGGUUGGAUACGAAAACAUUGUGGAAGAGUCUCAUCUUUCUCGACUGCUCUAUCUGGAAGCAGUCGUAAAGGAGACACUUCGAAUGCAUCCCCCUCUUCCGUUGCUAUUGCCUCACAAACCCAACAUGACCUGUACUGUGGCAGGAUACACCAUUCCCAAAGAUUCCAGAGUUCUUAUUAAUGCAUGUUCGAUACAAAGAGAUCCUGAGUUUUGGGAAGGUCCCCUUCAAUUUGAACCUGACAGAUUCUUGAAAGACACUGAGAAAGGUAAUUAUCUUAGAAACAAUUUCCACUUUUUGCCAUUUGGGUCAGGGAGGAGAAUUUGUGUUGGGAUUCCUAUGGCGGAAAGAAUGAUAGAACAUGUCUUAGCUGCCCAGGUGCAUUCUUUCAAAUGGAAAUUACAGGAAGGAACUAAGCUUGAUGUACAGGAAAAAUUUGGAAUAACUUUGAAGAAAAUGGAACCUCUUGUUGCCAUACCCGCUGCACGACUUUCGAAUUCGGGGCAGUACCAGUAACAUAUGUGUCUUAUAUGAACGUGUAUGUAAAGGGUCUUGCCCUUUUUUCCAUAAAAGAUGGCAAGCGCUCCCACCACAUGGCAUCUUUGAGUAAUGAAUAAUGACUUAAAUUCCCCAUGCUUUAUCUAUUACUCCGCCUCCGCAUGUAAG